AUGGUAGAGGAUUCAAAAUCAGUGAUUUCUACAGGAACAUUACAAGAUAUGAAGAGAAAUGAUAAGGAUCUUGCAUUAAAGGUGAAGGAGUUAGCUGUCAAGAGAGGAAUUAGAGAGAAUGGCAAGGAAAGAGAUGGCUUGAAGGAUCAGCUUGAUGAUUUCCAUAACAUGACCAGAAUAUUUAUGGUUGUGUCGGUUUUGGAGGCUAGUUUGAAAAUGGUGGAGGAUUUCGAGAAGAAUAGGAUGAAAUCUGCAUAUAAGACCAAGUUGGAGCAAGAUCUAAAGAAUUUCAAGCGUGAAGAGCAUAAGGACUAG